AUGCGUCCAUGGCGUGCAUCAGCGUUGGAAUUCACUGAGUUUUGCGGCGAGCGCAAGUACCGUGGCGAAACCAUCGACAUUGUGCGGGUCGCUGCACUUCAGGAGGAGGCCAUUUGGGAAUACGUUGGGCUUUGGUGGGCACGCCUUGUGCGGAUGGGGCCAGUACCGAACGUAUUCCAGUACCAGCUUCAACUAAGUGUCGUGCCAGAGCUGCCUCGGUUUAGACGGGAUUUCGUCCACCAGAUCUCCGAGUACUGUCGAAGUCGCGAGAGAGGCCAUGAGAUGUGA